AUGGUGCACUGGACUGCCGAGGAGAAACAGCUCAUCACCAGCAUCUGGAGCAAGGUCAACGUGGAGGAAUGCGGCGCCGAGGCUCUGGCCAGGCUGCUCAUCGUCUACCCCUGGACCCAGAGGUUCUUUGCCUCCUUCGGCAACCUCUCCAGCCCCACUGCCAUCACUGGCAACCCCAAGGUCCGCGCCCAUGGGAGGAAAGUGCUCACCUCCUUCGGGGAGGCUGUGAAGAACCUGGACAACAUCAAGGCCACCUACUCCAAGCUGUCCGAGCUGCACUGCGACAAGCUGCACGUGGACCCUGAGAACUUCAGGCUGCUCGGGGACAUCCUCAUCAUCGUCCUGGCUUCCCACUUCGCUGAGGAUUUCACCCCUGCUUGCCAGUUUGCCUGGCAAAAGCUGGUGGGCAUCGUGGCUCACGCCUUGGCCCGCAGGUACCACUGAGGCUCCAGGACCCACCGGGCAAGGAAGAGCCCCCCGCGCCACCGCAAGCACCUCCGAACGCGGGGAAAAGCCCUCAGGGCAUUCACGGGCUGUAAUGGUUGAAUAAAUGGCUCCUGAGGCCAAAUCUGCA